AUGACUCGCCUUACAGCCACUCUCCUUCUUGCGACUUUCGCUUUCGCAUCCGUUAUUCCUAACAUUUCCGCCGGCAUAGUCAUUGGCGAAACGCUGCCCUGCACUCACUACACCCAAGCUAAUACCGAAUCUGCCACUUGCGGUGAUCGGCCAAAUGUUGUUUGCUCACAAAAGUGCACUGGAGGAGUUGUUGUUGAUGGUUGCUCCUCAGUACAACUACCAUUGGUACCUUUGACGCGUCAAACCUGUACUAUCAGCUUUACUCAAACUUCAACUUCCAACAGCAGUUGUGUCAAUGGGCAAGGGUCCUUCACGUGUUCCGGAGUCCCAACUGGGCAAGCCACGUGUUCGGGAUGUCUGGAUUCACAGCUGCAGACAGCCAUGCUUCAAUCUGCUCCAGCCGUUGGUCCUCUCGGUGGUACUGUACCCACCGCCGGUGCUGUCGGCGGUACUGUGGCCACCGUCGCCCCGGCGGUUGUCGCCAGCUCCACUCCCGCUGCUCCAAUCGUUCCUCAAAACCUUACGAGCCAGGCCAACGUGUUACCUCCCAAAUCCACUGUGCCUACCGCGCAGGUAGUAGCUGCCAUCCCAGCUGUUGCACAAUCUAACAAGGCCCCCGUCGCCAAUCCUCAGGAAGAUUCUCAAGCCGGCGACUCCCACAAUACUACCACCUCAAUCGUCUAUGUAGCUGCAAAUCAAGAAGAACCUAUGGUAGAGGACGAUAACUCCACCUCGACAGCCACCUCGAUCUACUUGAAAAACUCAGUGCAGCUCGUCGUCACCCUUGGUGUCAUGGCGGUCGGAGUAGUCACGUUAUGA